GAAGCACCAGUCCUGGGCCGAGGCCCUGUGGGUGAGCUGCGUGUGCCCCCUGCGUGCGCCAUGGGCGUGUAGGGAGAGCCCGGCCGCCGCCUCCCCGCCCCUGAGCAGGACUGGCACCCACCGGGGACGGGGCACAGCGGAGAGCAGCGGUGUGGGUGCCAGCACACCUCCGCAGUGAGGAGGGACCUGACAGGCGGACAAGGAGGAAGCAGUGCUGCGAGGCCAGCGAGUGGCAGGGCCACGCGCUGAGCAACUCCAGCUGCGCCUGCAGCCCCCCAGGCCUCUGCUCCUCCUCUUCCUCUGCAGCGUCUGAAGGCCGGGAUCAGCAUGAAGGACUAUUACCCAGCCUCGAUGCGCCGCUACAGUCGGUAUGCCAGGAGACUGAGAGCCUCACGCACUGUGCACUUCCCCAAUGACGUCGUCUUUCAGGACCACAUCAGGCAGGGGGACCUGGAGCAGGUGGGCAGAUUCAUCCGCGCCAGGAAGGUGACGCUGGACACCAUCUACCCUUCCGGUGAGUGCUGGAGGCGGCGCGGCUCAGCUGGGCUGCGCAGGACGGGAGCGAGCCGCGUGGCCCACGCUGGGAUGUGGGCCCCCUUCGGCAGGGGACGGGCUGUAACUGAGUCAUUUUCCUCCCGAGAGAGGAGUAGUGCCCCUAAUGUUGCCAAGCAGGACCUGAGAGAGUCCCAUGCCAUUGCCCCAACAUCUCCCCUUGACAGCACGGUCAACGUAUGCUGUGGAAAGGGGGGAGCUGGUCCCCUGGGUCCCUCCAAGGCAUGACAGCGUGCCUGCCUGUGGUGGGACCUCGAAAAGCAGCCACGGGCACAGGCUGGUCUGUGGAGCUCUGGACUGGACGGUUGGGCUCCUGCCUUCCAUCCCGCUUUGGGGGAAGGGCAGCUCCGCAUCUUGCUCCUGGCUCUGUCCGUUUCCCACAAACACUGUUCUCUCUCGCACGUCUGGAUCUGUGGACUUGCAGCUUUUACGCCUGUGGGGGAAG